UCAGAGUUGAUGCCCUUAUAAAGCAGACUACACAUGCUCUUUUCACUUCCUGCACUGCACACACAAGCGCUCUUCAACUCCCGCUCAGCCGUUUAUAACCCCAGCUGUUGGCAAACAGCAGGCAAAAAAACAAACUGCUUAGCCAGUGGCUUGAGGCAGAGGGAGAGUUUGCUUGAUCUCUCCUUGCCUCCGGAUCACCGAGCCCCCGGCCCAGACCCCUUUCGCCAGGAGGAGAGUCACAGAUCCCAAGGCCAGCCCAGCCCACUGCGACCAGCUCGUCUGACCUCCAGCUGCCCUGACCGAGUUCGUGUUUGAACGAGAGCGAGACCAGCCCGUGGAGCCGGGAUGGCGCUGACGCUGCAGCAGGCGUACCAUCGGCGCUGGUGGAUGGCGUGCACCGCCAUCCUGGAGAACCUCUUCUUCUCCGCCGUGCUGCUGGGCUGGGGCUCCCUGCUUAUCAUGCUCAAGCAUGAAGGCUUCUACUCUAACAUGUGCACAGGUGAAAACAGGACCAAUGGCUCGGCUCUGGGGCUUCCCCCCCACCACUGGCCUAGCUGCGUGGAGCAGGAGGAGAUGCUGAACCUGGGCUUCACCAUCGGGUCCUUCCUGCUGAGCGCCGCCACCCUGCCCCUGGGGGUGCUCAUGGACCGUCUGGGGCCCCGGCCCCUCCGCCUCCUCGGCAGUUUCAGCUUUGCUGUCUCCUGCGCUCUGAUGGCCCUGGCUGCCUACGACCCCCCAGUUCUCUCCCCACUGAUUUUCCUCGGCCUGUCCCUGAAUGGCUUCGGGGGUAUCUGCCUGACAUUCACCUCGCUGACGCUGCCCAACAUGUUUGGGAACCUGCGCUCCACCUUCAUGGCGCUGAUGAUUGGCUCGUACGCCUCCUCUGCCAUCACCUUCCCCGCAGUCAAGCUGAUCUACGAUGCCGGCGUCUCCUUCAGCACCAUAAUGCUGACCUGGUCGGGCCUGGCCUGCCUCAUCUUCCUCAAUUGCCUGGUCAACUGGCCCAAGGAGUCCUUCCCGGCACCCGAGGAGGCCAACUACACGAAGAAGAUCAAGCUGAGCGAGCUGGCACUGGAUCACAGGGUGACGGGCGAUCGGUUCUACAUCCAUGUCACCACCGUGGGGCAGCGCCUCAGCCAGAAGGGGCUGUGCCCGCAGGGGGGCAUGGAGCUUUGCCCAUCCACACAGGACCUGUGCCACGGGGCCACGGUCCCUGCCGAGUACUCGAUCCCCUUGCGCCGCAGCGUCUGCUCCCCCAUCUUCCUGUGGAGCCUGAUCCCCAUGGGCAUGACCCAGCUGCGCGUCAUCUUCUACAUGGCAGCGAUGAACAAGAUGCUGGAGUUCCAGGUGACGGGCGGCAGCCCGGACGUGCCGGAGGAGCUGAUGGAGAAGGCUGAGGACACAGUUGGGUUCUACGCCUCCAUCUUCGGGGUCAUGCAGCUGCUCUGCCUCGUAACCUGCCCCUUCAUCGGCUACGUGAUGGACUGGCGCAUGAAGGACUGUGUGGACGGGCCGCUGGGCACGGGCGCCACCAUGGCAGCUGGGGCCGGGGCUGAGAAGUCACCUGCUAGGCCCCGUUACCGCAAGAUCCAGAAGCUCACCAACGCCAUCCGGGCCUUCACCUUCACCAACCUGCUGCUGAUGGGCUUCGGGGUCACCUGCCUCAUCAAUAACCUACCUCUGCAGUUUUUGACCUUUGUCCUUCACACCAUGGUACGAGGCUUUUUCCACUCCGCCUGUGGGGGUCUCUACGCCGCUGUGUACCCGUCCAGUCACUUCGGCACUCUAACUGGCCUGCAGUCGCUGAUCAGCGCCAUCUUUGCUCUGCUGCAACAGCCGCUCUUCAUGGUCAUGGUGGGGCCCCUGGCCGGCGACCCCUUCUGGGUCAAUUUUGGCCUCCUGAUCUUCUCUCUCCUGGGCUUCCUGCUGCCCUUCUACCUCUGCUACUUCCGGCGCGCCCUGCUCCGGGAUCAGCCGGCGCUGGGAGAGAUCCCGGACCUGGCGGAGGGCGCCCAAGUCAAACUCCAGGACGGCGUGGCCCUCAAUGGCAUGCUGAGUGCUGACGACACUGCGGCAUAGGGGGGGGGCUGGAGAACGGGGGGGGGGGGGAGCGUGGGUGACAUAGAACAAAAUGCCAGAUCCGCUCAUCAGACGAUUGCCGAACAGAUGGGAUGAGACACUAAGAGCAGGAAAAAGAAACACUUGUAGGUUUCAAUACGCGGGAGCCAUGGAAAUAACCGAGCUGCAUCGAAUUUCUAAUAGUUUUUUUUAUUAUAUAUCGAGAGAGAGAGCGAGAGAGAGAGAGCUAUAUAUUUUUGCAGGGAACUUUAUAAAGCUCUAUGCUGUAAAUAACUAACCAAAGAUCGGGGUGCGCUCCUAAGCCCCAAGUCAGGACGCGCCCUUCCCAUAAAGAUCUGCUGGUGCCGGAUCAGGGCAUUCAGGAUAAUCAUUUCUAGCACUUACCUAGCCACUUUCAUCUGUCAAACUGUGGUGGGUGAGUAUCAGAAUUCCCCACACACACACCAUGUUCUAGAUGGGGAAACUGCCUAGCUGCCAAGUCCUGGGUUUGAAUCGUAACUUCCCCCUCCCUGCCCUGCCUGACUGAGCCUUUGCCUAUCAGCUAACAUGGAGGGGUCAAACUUUCCUCACCCUGCUAGGACGUCCCUCGUUGGCCCACGCUGGGUUGUCGAUAAAGUUUCCUUUAAAACAAAUGAAAGGAAGUAUUUCUCCACACAGUCAGCCUAGUGGAACUCUUUGCCGGAGGAUGUUGUGAAGGCCAAGACUAACAGGGGUUAAAAAAAGAACUAGAUAAGUUUAUGGAGGA